AAUUAGUUACUGGUAAGAUAAAAAGCUUCGCGUCCUUGUGCAAGCAAUCUGGCUCAUGUGAAUUUGUUUUCAUUAGUUCAAUAAAAGACAGACUCAAAAUUAACACCGUAGUAGUUUCUUUUGUUCUUCAAGAACAGAGAGCUAAUAGGUCGUUGUUUGAUGGCAGUAGCCGCAUUUUGCAGCUCCCUCACUUCCACUAAUCACUGUCCUUUUCAUAACCGGAGCCGUAUCAGCUCUCCCAGGACCAUUUUGGUGCCGCCUACAGCUGAAUCACUUGGCUCUCUCAAGAAAUCCACAAACAACAGAUAUAACAUCUUGCAUACAGCUUUACCGUGUCAAGAAUCAAGGCGGCCACAACAACAUCGAAGACAUUUGUUACUUUGUUGCAAAGAAGCGGAGCAACAGUCAGACACUGCUAUCAUUGUGGAGGCAAAUGUUAGUAGAGCAACUUUGAUAUGGAGGGCAGCCAAACUUCCAAUAUACUCUGUUGCGCUCAUUCCUCUAACUGUGGGAAGUGCAGCUGCUUAUUUGCAAGCUGAACUCUUUUCUGCCACCCGUUAUUUUUCGCUCUUAGGUUCAUCCAUUCUUAUCAUAGCGUGGCUAAACUUAAGCAAUGACGUUUAUGAUUUUGACACUGGAGCAGACAAGAAUAAGAGAGAGUCUGUUGUUAAUAUAGUUGGCAGCCGCACAGGAACACUAGUUGCUGCUCAUGUAUCACUUUCUCUUGGCUUCUGUGGCCUUGCAUGGGCUGCUCUACAGUCUGCAAACAUGCGUGCUAUACUACUAAUGGCAUCCGCAAUUACCUGUGGUUACAUAUACCAGUGCCCUCCAUUUCGGCUGAGCUACCAGGGAUUGGGUGAGCCUUUGUGCUUUGCAGCAUUUGGUCCAUUCGCUACUACUGCUUUUUACUUGCUUCAGAGCAAAACUAGUAGUGAACUACUACCCAUCACUGGCACUAUCCUUUCGGCAUCAGUUCUUGUAGGUCUGACAACGUCCCUGAUCUUAUUCUGUAGUCACUUUCAUCAGAUUGACGGGGACAGAAGUGUUGGAAAGUAUUCUCCUUUGGUAAGACUUGGUACAGAAGCAAGUGAGGAGGUUGUUAAAGUGUCUGUUAUCACGCUCUAUGCUCUACUGUUUGUUCUUGGAUUAACCAAAUUUCUUCCUUCUGCAUGCAUUGUUCUCUGUGGCCUAACAAUUCCUAUGGGAAGAAUGGUGAUUAGCUACGUGGAAAAGAACCACGAGGACAAAACGAAGAUAUUUAUGGCUAAGUAUUACUGCGUGAGACUUCAUACUUUGUUUGGAGUUGCUCUGGCUGCUGGAUUGGCGGUGGCUAGACUCUUUGCUCGGAAUUACAACUUGAAGGCUACUCUUCUCACCUGAACCUUCUUUGCACGCUGGUAGGAAUGGAACAGGACAGGUUUUGGUCGAACUGUAACUUGUGCAAGUUCUUGCUUUACACACAUGUGGUUUUGGUUCUAGAUCCCAUAUUGGACUGUAAUAAGUAGAAAAUUUGUACGUAAUUUUUAAAGGUAAAUCAUCAUUCGUACUCAGGUCUUCUGACUUCGCCCCAUGUACAAACUAACUAGAAUUACGUAGUGUACUCCCGGUUUUUUAUUUUGGGCUGGAAUUUGAAUUUCACUUUGGACUGUAAAAAAGAAAAGAAUCAAGUUCCAACCCUGCAUGGGCUUGAAAUGUAACACUACCUCAGUACAAAAUGAAGUUCUUGUAGAAGAAUCCAGAUUCUAGGAUUUCUGCUACAAUUAUUUAUUGUUUUCAGUUAAAAAACUUUGUAGUUAUGAUUGUACGGCUUCCAUUC